GGGGGUUUGCUCUGAUGAAUAGAUAGGGCAGUGUCUGAGCUCUACAGGCAGUUCUUUCCCCACUCGUGUCUUGUCCAAUCAUAUGACUUUACCUCAGGUGACUCCAAUCAGGGUGAAGAGCUGCCGGCCGACCAUUUAGUUUAAUGAUCGGGGAGAAGGGUCCUGGUGAGGGAGCAAAAACUUCCAGAGGGUCCAGAAGCAUCACUGAGGCCUCCGCCCACCGAGCGUCAUGACUGGUCAGAGGGGUUAUGUCACUUAUUAUAUUGGAUGAUGGGAAAAUAACGAGGAAACAAAACGUCUGAACGGAACAGGACUGAUCCGGGGGUUAUGUCUCAUAAAGCUGAUCCGGUUGUCUCCUCUUCCCCUGAAUGACCCCAAGGAUGGAGAAGGACAGGAAUGAGAUGACUAAGAGAAUAUUACACUUCACCUUGGAGAUCCUCCACCUGCUGACCGGAGAGGAUUACACCAUAGUGAAGAAGACAUCGGGGGAGUGUGUGGCCCCCAGCAGCCAUCUCCAUGAGUCAGGAGGACAGAGCAGGGCCCGGGGCCCCAUCACAGAGCCUCCACCUCACUCACUGAUACAUGAGGAGAAGAUCCUAGAACUCAUCCACAGGAUCACUGAGCUGCUUACUAGAGAGGUUCCUAUAAGGUGUCAGGAUGUGGCGGUCUAUUUCUCCAUGGAGGAGUGGGAGUAUGUAGAAGGACACAAGGAUCUGUACCAGGACAUUAUGGAGGACCCCCGGACCCUCACACCACAAGAAAAUCCCAGCACGAAACCUGGAGGAAACAUCAUAUUAUCUCAAUAUUAUGAAGUAGAGGAGAUCAUGGAGCGCUCCUCAGGAGAAGAUGGAGAGAUCAUGGAGCGCUCAUCAGGAGAAGAUGGAGAGAUCAUGGAGCGCAUUACCCCUAAUGUCCAUCCAGAUCUAUCCUAUAAUAAUCCCCCUGAUUGUGGGGAAUCUGACCAACCACACAUUGUUACCAGAAGGUCAGGUCAGGAAGGAGGAAAAAGUUUUCCAUGUGAUGAAUGUGGGAAACAAUUCACAAAAAGCUCAGGUCUUUUGAUGCACAAAAGAAUUCACACCGUAGAGAAACCCUUUGUUACCCAGAGAAGUCACACAGGAGAGAAUUCAUCGUUAUCCUCAUCCAGAGUAAAAAGUUUUACUGAAAAAUCUAAUUUAGUCACAGAUGAGAACAUUGACAGAGAAGAGAAACCAUAUUGUUGUUCAGAAUGUGGGAAAUGUUUUACGGGUAAAUCAGGUCUUAUUACCCAUAAGAGAACUCACACAGGAGAGAAGCCUUAUUCGUGUUCUCUUUGUGGGAAAUGCUUUAACAGUAAAUCGAGCCUCGUUAUACACGAGAGAAUUCACAAAGGCGAGAAGCCGUAUUCGUGUUCAGAAUGCGGGAAAUGCUUUACAGAUAAGUCAAGUCUUGGUAAACAUCAGAAAAUCCACACCGGGGAAAAGCCGUACUUAUGUUCAGAAUGUGGGAAAUGCUUUAUUACUAAAACCAAACUCCUAGACCAUCACAAAAGUCACACGGGGGGAGAGAAGCCGUAUUCCUGUUCAGAAUGUGGGAAAGGUUUUAUGAAGAGAGCGCACGUUCUUAAACAUCAGAGGGUUCACACCAGGGAGAAGCCGUAUUCGUGCGAACAGUGCGGGAAAAACUUUACAGAUAAAUCGUAUCUUGUUGUACACGAGAGAAUUCACACGGGGGAGCGGCCGUAUUCAUGUUCGUAUUGUGGGAAAAGUUACAUCAAUAAAUCGGGUCUGGUAAUCCACGAGAGAAACCACACGGGGGAGCGGCCGUACGUGUGCGCAGAAUGUGGGAAAGGGUUCACCUCGAAAUCCUCCCUCAACGACCAUCACAGCAGUCACCGAUGGAAGAACAAGGUUUGAUGUGUAGAAAAUCCAAUGUUAAAGGGGAACUCUGCCGGAAAACAGGGGUUAAAGGGGAACUCUGCCGGAAAACAGGGGUUAAAGGGGAACUCCGCCAGAAAAAGGGGUUUAGUGGGAACUCCGCUGGAAAAUGGGUUAAAGGGGAACUCCGCCAGAAAAAAGGGGUUUAAUGGGAACUCCGCCGGAAAACAGGGGUUAAAGGGGAACUCCGCCAGAAAAAAGGGGUUUAAUGGGAACUCCGCUGGAAAACAGGGUUAAAGGGGAACUCCGCCAGAAAAAAGGGUGUAAUGGGAACUCCGCCGGAAAACGGGGGUUAAAGGGGAACUCUGCUAUAUAACGGGGGUUAAAGGAGAACUCUUCCAUAUAACGGGGGUUAAAGGGGCCGCUGUACUGAAGAAAACUGCGUCCCUGUAGUGGAAUGUGACCCUGUGCACAGGGACGCACUUUACUGCUUUACAGCCGGAUCCCUCUCACUCCAUAACCCCUAAACCUAACCCCUAAUUCUAAUCUUAACCCUUUAUCCCUAAUCCUAACCUCUAAUCUGAACCCCUUAUCCCUAAUCCUAACCUCUAAUCUUACCCCCUUAUCCCUAAUCCUAACCUCUAAUCUUACCCCCUUAUCCCUAAUCCUAACCUCUAAUCUUACCCCCUUAUCCCUAAUCCUAACCUCUAA